AUGGAGACAUUAUUAUUUUUUAAUGUUUUCAAGAAUCAAUUUCUAAGAUUUAAAUUAUUUAAAUCAGUUCACGAUAUUUCAAUAAUUGAAUACAACUCUUUUGAUUAUACAGAGAGUAAUCGAAUCCAACUCAACCCAUUCUCAUUCAACAACAACUAUUACUUUGCCAAUGAAAAGCACCAAGAAGUCAGGAGACUGGAUUUUAUCAAGGGUAGAGACUUGAUCAAGCAGCACAGUAGUAAUAAUAAUAAUGAUCAACGAUCAUUGGAAUUGAUUGGAAAAUAUGCAAUGCCAUGGUCAUUUAUCAAACAUUAUCUACCAUCAAAGGACCGUUUCGACAGCACUACAAGGGAGAAGGCAAUCAAGCGAUACUGCACCCAUCCCAAUGCAACACUUGGUUGUUUGAGACGGUUGUUGGACUGGUCGCCAGACAUUAACGCCGACGCAGAGUUGUUGGCUGAUGUUGCCAAGGCUGGACACUUGGAUAUCCUCAUGUUUUUACAGGGUCGGUUCCAAGGAAUCGAAGUGUCACCCAAAGCAAUGGAUAUUACUGCUUUUCACGGCCAUUUGCAUAUACUAGAGUAUUUGCAUUCGAGUGACAAUGAUUGCACGAAAAAUGCAAUGGAUUGGGCUGCUUUUAAUGGUCAUUUGGAUUGCGUUGCUUUUUUGCAUUUCAAUCGAACCGAGGGCUGCAGUCAGCUGGCUCUAGAGUACGCAGCGAUCAACGGACACUUGUCCGUAGUGGAAUUCCUCGACAAGAACCGUACUGAAGGAUGCAACUACGUAAACUCAAUGGACUAUGCAGCAAGCAACGGUCAUUUGCCAAUCGUCGACUACCUCAACCACAACCGCAGUGAAGGGUGCACUGUGCAAGCCAUGGAUGGGGCCAGCAAAAAUAACCAUAUGGAUGUAGUCGAAUACCUCCAUUUCAAUCGUACAGAGGGGUGCUCAAUAAACGCCUUGGAUUCGGCUGCGGAAGGAGGCCAUAUUGAAAUAGCAUCUGAAGGAGGAUAUUUACCAAUUGUAGAAUACUUACAUUUCAAUAGAAAUGAAGGAUGUACUCACAAUGCUCUAGAUAAUGCGUCUAAAUAUGGAUUCCUUCCAAUUGUCAUUUUCUUGAAUGAGCAUCGAACAGAGGGAGCUACGGUACAGGCUAUGGACGAGGCCAGUGCAAACGGCCACAUCGAGGUGGUUCAAUACCUUAAAAGAUACCGUCAUGAGGGGUGUACAGAGAAAGCUAUGACCAUGGCCGCUCAAAACGGACAUCUUCCAGUCGUCAAAUUCCUGAGAGAGGAACUAGUCCAAGAAAUAUUUGACCUUGAAGCUGCUAUCCGUGCAGCAAAUCAAAAUGGUCACCAAUCAAUCGUUCAUUAUCUCCAACAUGACAUUGAACAAGAUCUUGAUGAAGAACAACCCAAUAUCUGGUAG